GAAGGAGAGGGUAGGUUUGUGGUCUUCAAGGGAACAAAAAGUUGGUUAAGUAUUCAUUGCUAAGUAAUAGUAGUACAUAACAGUUUACUUCAUAAGAGUACAGUAUUAUAAUAGCUGAUUUGAAUGAUAAAACUGGCUGUUAUAUUUUCAGCUGUCAGUUCUGUCACAAAAAUGACAGUCCUUGCAUCCAUCACUAACAGUGUAAGUGAGCCUAUCAUAUCCUCUGUUAGAAAGUCAGUCUGGUGCCCGAAGUAUUCCGUGUUUAUACAGAAUUCAGUGAAGGACUACACCAUGGUCAAAAUGCAUGAAGAAGUAAAGGGGAUUCAACAUAUAACGCAUAUACUCUAAUACGCAUAGAACAAAAUACUUAUCUACACAGUGCUAUAUUUCAGCGAAAGGGUGGCCCCCCACUGGCAAGUAGUCUACUCUGAUUUAAAGCAUCAAUGCUUGAUUUCACAACUCAAACUCGUGACCAUACGAAGACAAUUUUAUUGUUAACCCAACAUAAAUAGAGUAGUAUAAAAAAAACAAGAAAAACAGUUGUAAGUAAGUUGUUUCACUUAAAUUCAUCAAUUUCCUUCACACACUCAUAUUAAAGGCAAUAAAAAUUCAUCUUUUUUUCUCUCAACAACUUUUGUGAUUUGAAGUAAAACACUGUGCAGCUUUAUGUUCUUUUUGUUUCUCUAGAACAAAAAAGAAAAGAAAAUGGAAGGUGGACUCCCCAUGCUAAAUUGUCUGUUACAACACACACUUAGAAGUCUCUGUACUUGCUCUGACUCUUCUUCUAAUGCUUCUGAGUGGGUCUAUGCUGUUUUCUGGAGAAUUGUCCCAAGAAAUUAUCCUCCACCUAAAUGGGAUCAUGGAGGAGGCUUGCUCGAUCGCGCUAAAGGAAGCAAGAGAAACUGGAUUCUUGUUUGGGAAGAUGGUUUUUGUGACUUUUAUGAAUGUGAAAGAUCGAAAAGGGAAUAUGUAACGAUAAAUUUUGGUCCUGAAAUCUUCUUCAAAAUGUCUCAUGAGGUUUAUUCUUUUGGUGAAGGAUUGGUGGGCAAAGUUGCAGCAGAUAAUAGUCACAGAUGGGUGUUUAAAGAUGCCCCAAAUGAGAAAGAUUCAAACUUUAUUUGCUCAUGGAAUAUGUCCAUUGAAGCUCAACCAAGAGUCUGGGGAGUUCAGUUUAAUUCAGGCAUUCAGACUAUUGCUAUCAUAUCUGUUAGGGAAGGCAUAAUUCAGCUUGGCUCAUUUAAUAAGGUAUUUGAAGAUCAUAAUCUAGUAUUAAGCAUUCAGAGGAAAUUCAGCUACCUUCAGAGCAUACCGGGCAUUUAUGCAAUUCAGAGACCUUUUUUGCCAAUCCAACAUCGAUAUACUUACAAGCCAAACAAUGUCACUCUAGUUAACGAGACGGAUUAUCAAAUGGAUGACAAAAACCAGCUAAUUGGGUCGAAAAGAGUUCAUGAGUUUCCGUUCAAGUCUAUUAACUUUGGCUAUAAUAGCCCACAAACCAUGGCUAGUCUACCUUUGUGGUCGAUGCCUAUAGCAGCACCGUCUUGUUAUGGUAAUGCAGUACAUGAGAUGAGUUCUUUACACGACAGAGUUACGAAGAACACUACAAGCAAGGAUGUCAAGGUUGUAGAUGAAUUAGGCCAUUUUAAGUUUGAGACAGCUGAGGAAAAUGACCAAUUUUCCUUAAACCAGAACUUAGGCCUGGAAAAUAAGGUAGUUGAGGUUGGUUUUAGACAGUUGGGAAAAGGAGGGGCUGCUCCAAAUCCAAAUUAAUUGCAGUUUAGUGCAAGUAACAAACUGCAAUGGGGUCUAAUUACAUAGGGUCCUUUUGGUGGUUGUUAAUUAGCUUUAACUUGUUGAUAAAGUAUUGAGUAAUUUGUUUGUAUGGUAUUGACAUAGUAAUCUUUAACAAUUUGUUCUGUUCAUAUUAUUUAUUGGAUAUACAUUUUCUAAGAAUUGGGAACAUAUUGUUUGG